AUGUUUUAAUUCUCCAUAAUUUCAGCUAUUUUUGGCUUUAAUAACAUCAUGGCCGACAAACGACGAUUGCAAGGAGAGAUUGAUCGAUGUCUAAAAAAGGUGCAAGAAGGUGUUGAUACAUUUGAAGAUAUUUGGCAAAAACUUCAUAAUGCGGCCAACACAAAUCAAAAAGAUAAAUAUGAAAGUGAUCUCAAAAAAGAGAUUAAAAAACUUCAAAGAUUACGGGACCAAAUCAAAACGUGGGCCGCUUCGAAUGAAAUUAAGGAUAAAAAGAAUUUACUGGACAAUAGAAAGUUAAUUGAAACCCAAAUGGAGCGGUUUAAAGUUGUCGAAAGGGAAACAAAAACAAAAGCCUAUUCAAAAGAAGGCUUAGGUCUCGCGGCGAAAAUUGACCCUGCACAAAAAGAGAGAGAAGAGACGAUGCAGUGGUUACAACAUACGAUUGAUAAACUCGGUCUACAAGUUGAAAUUUUCGAAAGUAGAAUUGAAAGUAAUUCAUCACAUUCUCGUAAGAAGAAAAUUGAUGGCGAGAAGCAAAAACAAAAUGAUGAAAUGAAAGCUCAUGUGGAAAGGCACAAGUUUCAUAUAAACAAGUUGGAAACAUUAAUGAGAAUGUUAGAUAAUCAAACCAUCACAUCAGAGAGGAUUAUGGAAUUGCAAGAUGAUUUGGAAUUUUAUUUGGAAGCUUGUGAAGAUCCAGAUUAUGAAGAAAAUGAAUUUUUGUAUGAAGAUCUCAAUUUGGAUGAAGCACUUACAGCUACCGUUGUUCCUGCAACAUCUCCAGUUGAAAAGCAUAUGAAUAAUAGUCUGACUAAUAGCAACAGUUCGAAGGGGGAUGAAGAUGUGAAAUCUCUUAUUGAUCCAACUUUGUCAACAUCACCCGUUCCCAAUAAUGGUCAUUCAUCUUCAUCAAGUCAUAACAGUAAAGAUGAUACUGAUUCAAGGAGUAGGAAUAGAUCUGGAGCAUCUGAUGAUAUUUUAUCACCUAGGAAGGGUUCUUUGACGUCGUAUUCAUCUACUGCCAAUUCAUCGAAACCUGCAUCUAGAAGUCAUUCCACGAGCACAACACCUAACAAGCUCAAUCAGAAGAGUACGCACGUACAGGCAUAUGCAGCUGCAGCAAGUGGACAACCGACGCAAAAUCAAGUUCACCAUUCGCAAACGAUAUCAGAUACACAUUCCAAUGCGGUUGAACAUAGUGGAUUAGGAGCAGUUAAAAAUCUCAAUAAGUCCCUUCAAAAAUCAGUAGAAAAAUCAACAACUUGGCAAACACCAAAUAAUGUUGUUUCUUCAUCAAUUUCGAUAACAAAUUUAGAUGUGCAAAGCACAGUGAAUAGUUUGUUGACAUCUGUGGCUUCAAGUGGAUUAGGUAUUAAUGGUGUUGUUACUGCAGUUCCUGAAGAGAAGUCCGCGCCUUCACCGUUGGACAUUGUUUUGGUAUCAAAACUGACAAACGAUUUGUCAACAACACAACCAAGUAAGGUACCAACUCCAAUAUCAUUACCUGAAGUACAACCCUCUCCACAUGAUAAUCUGGUUACAUCUGCCUUCUUGAAUAAUAAUUUUAAUUUAAAAAGCAUUGCAGAACAAGCAGUCGUGGAGGCAGGUUUAGGACAGCCGGAACAGACAUCUUCACCCUUUUCUCAGGAUUCUAAUCUAUCAAUAAACACUUCUGCCCCAUCAAAAGCAGAUUUGACGUCUUUGAGCAGCUCAAUGCAACAACAGCAGUCCAACUUGAUACGACAAAUCCCUAAUGGCUCCGGGGAAACCAGAAUGGCUCCUUUACUUGGUGUUGCACCUCUCGGCCCUGUUCCGCUUAAUAAAGAUAACAUGUACCAGCAAGCAAUGCUCGAGGCUUCUUGGAGACAUAUGCCGCACCCAUCUGAUUCCGAAAGGCUUCGCCAUUACUUGCCAAGAAAUCCGUGCCCCACACCGGCAUACUACCACCAGACUCCACUUCCUCAUCACGAUUCCAUAGAUUUUUAUCUUCGACUUUCGACGGAAACAUUAUUCUUUAUAUUUUACUACAUGGAGGCGACGAAAGCUCAGUACAUGGCUGCUAAAGCUUUGAAAAAACAAUCAUGGAGGUUUCACACCAAGUACAUGAUGUGGUUUCAAAGGCACGAGGAGCCAAAAACGAUCACUGAUGAAUAUGAACAAGGGACAUAUAUUUAUUUUGACUACGAGAAAUGGGGACAGCGCAAAAAGGAAGGUUUCACAUUUGAGUACAGAUACCUGGAAGACAGGGAGCUUCCAUAAUAAUAUUUUGUCUCCCUCAGCUUACAAAUUGGCAGUGCUAGUAAGAUAUGGGUCUUUCUAUGCACAGGCACUUACCGUAACCAUUACUGCAAUGAAUAGUAUUGUGUAUUACUAUCAAUGACACACUCUUAUAUAUGGGUAUGGUAUUGCAGUAUGACCCUUUUAUUCAAAAAUAUAAGUCGUUUUUUGAAGCAAUUAAAAUGCUAUAACCACCACCCAUCUGGUACUUGUCCCUUUUCUAAAAACCCAUAUGUUAGGUCUAAGUUAUGUACAAUGUGAUGGAAUAAACAGAACACCCGUG